UGACGUGUCAAGAAAGUGCCGGAAGCCCCUGUGUGGUGGGUCCAAAGAAGAUGGCUUACCAGACAUUCCAGCAGGAAUAUUUACAGAUUCCUGUGGUAACCAGAGCAUAUACCACUGCCUGUGUACUUACAACAGCUGCUGUGCAACUAGAACUCAUCACACCUUUCCAACUCUAUUUCAAUCCUGAUUUGAUUUUAAGGAGUUAUCAAGUAUGGCGACUUAUAACCAACUUUCUGUUUUUUGGUCCGGUCGGAUUCAACUUCUUAUUCAACAUGAUAUUCUUAUACCGGUAUUGUCGUAUGCUGGAGGAGGGCUCUUUCAGAGGCCGAACAUCUGAUUUUGUCUUCAUGUUCCUCUUUGGCGGCCUUCUUAUGACUAUAUUUGGCACCUUUGUGAGUUUGGUGUUUCUAGGCCAAGCCUUCACCAUCAUGCUGGUGUACGUGUGGAGUAGGCGCAACCCCAACGUGCGCAUGAACUUCUUUGGUCUGCUGAACUUCCAGGCCCCAUUCUUACCAUGGGUGCUAAUGGGCUUCUCUCUGCUGCUUGGCAACUCGAUCAUUGUGGAUCUCUUAGGUAUUGCUGUGGGACAUGUCUAUUUCUUCCUGGAGGAUGUGUUCCCCAAUCAACCAGGUGGCAGCAGAUGGUUAAAGACUCCUACCCUUCUCAAGAUGAUAUUCGACACUCCUGAAGAGGAUGCCAACUACAACCCACUUCCAGAAGAGCGUCCAGGAGGUUUUGCCUGGGGCGAGGGCCAGCGUCUGGGGGGCUAGGCUGAGCCCCUUUGCCACUUCUUUUGCCUCUGGACAUUGAUGCUGAGUGCAGUGAGAGAACAAAAAAAAACGUGUUCCUUCUUUCUUUCUUUUUUUUUUUUUUAACAAACCAACAAAAAAACCUUGUUUCUCUCAUGCACUGUAUGAUGAACAGAAACUCACUGAGGCCAACAGAGACUCGGUUUCUACGAGUGUGCAGCCUUCUUCUCUCUGAAACUGUCUGAGCUUGACUGACGCCGGAGCAGGAGAGUGGCCACAGCGACAGGAUGUUGCUUCUUAAAGUAACCCUGCGCUGGUCACAGGUUGUAGUGUUUUUUUUUUUUUUUUGUCUCGAUGUGCAACGAUAGCCAGUUGACAUUCGACUGCAAAAGGAAAAAUCUGGAACAGUUCAUAUCAGAACAUUGUCAUUUUACUUUAAAAAAAAAAUAAUAAAUGUAUAUAAAGUGUGUAUUUAGCUUUGCAUCCUCUCUUACCUUUUUAAAUGUUCUUUUACAAGAUCACACUUUUUCACUCAUCACUGAGAAAAGGAGAGUGUUGUGCAGAAAUCAUUUUGGAUAUACUACCCUUUAUUGCUGUUUUGUUUUUGGAUAUGCUUGCUGUAUUUGCAGACAUGUGAUGAACCUUUGCCUUUACAGUUGUUUUGGGGAAGUGUGUUGCUUGAGUUUCUGGUUAGUUUCAACUGUUGCCUUUGUUGAAUUGAACAAGUCGGUAUCACAAGUAAAGGGAGUCCGCCAAAUGUUACUUUAUUUUAUGUGUUUUCAGCUAUUGGCUCUCUUGAUAGCAUGUUGUUCAUCAUAACCUUUGACCUUUAAUACUUGUAAUCCACAGUGCCUUAGGUAGUAAAGUAAGAAAGGUGUCCACAUGUUCUGUGUACAAAAAAACUAAAUAUGCAUUUACAUAAUGUGAUUCAAUCUUUUGCAAAUCAGUGGUAAAAUUACUCCUUAAUAUUCAGGCAAGGUACAUAAAAGGCGCAGACUUGAACAUAUAUUUUUAUUUCACCAGAAUUUGGAAAUGAUGUAAGAAAAUGUGGCAGUGCCUGAAGUCCGGCCAUGCUGCUCAUUUUCCUCUUUCCAGCGACACUCAAUUCAUCUCUGGCUUUAAAGUAUAAUAAAAGCACAUCAGCUUGAUUUGA